AUCACAUGGAAUGCUUUGUUGCAAAUGCUUUCUUUUUUUUUAUAAAAAAAAAUUAUAGGCAACUUAACAUAGAUGAACAGUGCAAGCAAAAUGUUUAACUUAUAUUGCAUUUUCGGAUUCUUUUCGUCGUUUGCAAUAGCAUCUGCAUAUCAGAUAUUACCAGAGCCUUUGAUCCCUUACGACCGACACAACUCUGCAUGCUAUGGUCCAGGCACACAUGAACAGCUUCGGCUUUCAUGUCCAAACAAUGAAAGUGUCAUUGCUGUACAUGAGGUACGUGUAGGGUCUAAACUAGCAGAAAGCCGUUGUCCUACAAGCGUCUCGAAGGUCACGGACGAUACUGGAAGUUAUCUCGUGGACAGUUCUAAUACCUCGAUCCUUCUCAAUGAAACGGCUUGCUGCUUUCCAGAUGAGGACAACGACUGUACACUUUUGUACAACUACGUAAAUUCUGGUAUAGAUUACAAAUAUCAUAUAAUCUCGUCAGGAUAUUCUGAAAGUAAAACAAGUAUGGAAGUUUCUUGGCAGACGACAAAUUGUGACAACUCGUCUACAUAUCAAACUGGCACGAAUUUCAUGUACUUUGACUACUCGUGCAUUCCACGGACCAGAAUCGGCAAUAUCUGCUCAAACCGUUCAUUUAAGUUCACGGACGAAGCAUUUUACCUCUACAAUGGCAACUACCCGGACAACGUACCAUCAACAACGGAUUUUUGCACGUGUCAAAUCCAAACAAACGGAACAACUAUAGAGUUCUAUUCAAUAGAUAUGCGUCUUGAAAAGUACAACAAUGAAUGCAAGCAAGCACUAAAUGUGACCGAUUCUAAUGGGACAACUGCGUGGGACUGCGAUUCAGCCCAAAUCUUUAACGUUACAAAGCUUGUUAUGGGACAGACAGUAACGUUGGCCUUCGAAAAUGAUCUACCUAUAGACGGCGGAUUUGUUUGGAUAGGUUUCCAUGGUAACAGAAACGACACACUAGAAAUUGAAUGUAGUUACGAAAAAAAGGUAUUGUCAACAACGCCUGUUGUUUUUACCGCAACGAUUACACCAAGUGAUACUCAAUCUGCCUCAGACAUCACACCAAAUCUUCCCGGAAUACAUUCAGUCACAAGCCUUUCUAUAAGUACCACUGCAUUUUCCCCAGCUGUAACAAACUCAGCUUCAGACAUCACACCAAAUCUUCCUGAAAUACAUUCAUUCACAAGCUUUUCUAUGAAUUCAACGGAUUCAACAAGUAAUACUCCUCCCACGGCUAUUAUAUCAAGUACAAUCGUUACUACAUUUGAGCAUGAAUCAACUAAUGUUAAUAUUUCUGUCACUAAGUCUUUGUCAACAAGUACUAGCAUAUCUGAUCAGCCGCAUCUUGAGAUUAUUUCAACCGCAACAAAUACAAGUUUAUUUUCACAGCCUCAUCUGGAGAUUAUUUCAACCGCAGCAAAUAUAAGUUUUUUUUCAUCAGCAACUUCUUUAUCUGCCACGGAAUCAAUAUUAUCAACUACACACACAAGCAGCAAAAUAUUCACAACACCUCAUCUUAUGACGACGCCUAUGAUUAAUGCAACUGACACAACGACGGCAUCAGAGCAAACCCCACAAAUGAGCAGUCUAAUUUCAACAACUCUCUCACCUACCCGACAAAAAUAUACUAGCGUUAUUCCACAAACCGCAUUCCCUGUAACAAGAACCACAAUAGUUCAGGAAAAAAUUGUUGUGGUGAAAGAUACAAAGCUAAUUGUUAUCGUAUUGGUGAUGUGUGGAGUUCUGCUACUUCUGGUGAUAACACUUAUCAUCGUCAUUGUACGUCUCCUAAAGAAACACGGAAAACCACAAGUUAAGCCUGAUGAUAACAUGGAAGAUAAUAUUGAAGUGAAGGAUGGUGAUUUAAAUAGACAAAGUCGUGUUGAGACUGCGGACGAGACUAAAGAUAAGAACACGUAUCUUGUUAACAAAAUAGAUAACAAAGACGCUAAAGAUUCACAGCAGAGCGGUUUUGUUUUACCCGGAGGAGUAGUAGGGCAAUCCGAAAAUGUUGAAGCGGAUGAAGAUGUAGACAAAACAGAUGAUAGAAAAGUACCUUCUGAUAUUUCUGUCAACAUCGCUCAUGAUAAUAAACAAUUAAGGGAAAAUCGUGCUUCGAAAGUAUCUCUUCCAGAUAUUGCAAAGGAAACAAAAUAUGUGUCCAAUAUUGGAGAUAUGCUAGGAGCAGCACUUGGUGAAACGGACCAAGACGAUGAAAAUGAGAAAGAUACGUUGGAGGAGACAGAACAUAUCCCAGGACAUACACACUCGGGGAAAAGACAUCAUACUCGAAAGUGGAGAAAGAAAAAGCAUACAAGACACUUAAAGAAGAAGGAACACAAUCUUUAAAUUGAUGUGGUGGUCCAUUUGGAUCAUAACAAAAGAUGAUUAUUAAAGAUCGGGUAAAAUAUUGGUUGUUUUUGUGAUUUAUUUUGGUUAUAGGUUAUAUAAUAUCUUAUAUUUUGCGUGAAGCCAUUUUAGAAGUGCACGUGAUCGACAAAGGUAUUUCAAACCGACAUAUAUACCUGCUUUCCUUCAAAAGUGCUUUAUUUUCGUUCAACUUUAUUAUAAAAAUGUGCUGUAACGUAUUAAUGUGUUAAUUGUACAACAUACAUAAGGUUAAGAAAUAAAAUCUUGACAUCGUCUAUUUCAGUAUUACUGCUUUAGACAUAAAAAGUCACAUUUUUGAUGCCAGAAAUCCUUGUUAUUGAUCUAUGUUUGUUUGUUUGCAUUCGUGUUAUUGUUACUUCUUUUUUUCCCCUCAAAACUGGUUGCCUUUCUUUGCGUUUAAUCAUUAAUUUUUGAAGUUUCCAGAUUUUACUAAAAUAUAAAACGUUUAUUUUGUAAACAUUUGUGUUUUUGUAAAAUUUGUAGCAUGAAUUGUCAUUUUUGGCGACGAUUUAUUUUGUAAUUUUGACUUGAAACACACUUUAAGAUUUUACCAUUCAUUACAAUAACCAGUUAUCAAAACACUUUAACACUUCUCGGAACGUUGCAAGCUUGUAUAAUCUCUGACUUGUAAUUGGAAAUAAAAUUCAAAUUUUCCGGGCUGAUUUCUAUAAAUUUAUAUGAAGUAUAUUAGAGCGACAAACCUUAUUUUAAAUAUGCAUUUUUAAAUGAUGCUGCAACAUGGUUUUGUGUUUUUCAAAAUGAACUAGUUCUGUUCAUAUAAUGAUGUUCAAUAUAUGUUUAAAAUGGUUUCCAUCCAUAUCAUGUUCACACUUUUGAUUGUUCAACUUUAAGAUUGGCCACAUUUGUUGUGCAUCUACGCAUAUAUACAUGCAUAACAUUUUUUCCGACUUAUACUUUUACUUGCAUUUUGUUUGAAAUAAUGUGUAUUAUCAUGUAUGUGUGUUUAAUAUUGGAUAAACAAUAUA